GGAAAAGGCAGGGACCCGAGAAGUAACGUUAGCAUUUGUAAAAGGAAAGUGCAAUCCAUCAUCAAAUCUGUCUGCAUAAUCUUAUCACUUCUGUGUACUACGAAACGAGUUCACGUCCAGUUUUUGCACCCGGUAUUACUACGAUCACUAGGAAAUGAUGAAAUCGAUUUUUUUCGCAAUCGUUGCCCUGAUGUUCGCGGCAGUGUUCAUGCAGCAGGAGCAAGCAUCAGCCCAGCUGACUGACUCGGAUGCUGUGUCAAGCAUUGAUGAAUGGAACUACAUGAACAGAAGUUGUUCUGCUAAGCUUCAUGAUCAAAUCAACAAGGAAUUCGAUGCGGCGAUCUUUUACAUGCAGUAUGCCGCAUAUUUUGCGCAGUACCAGGUCAAUCUGCCAGGAUUUGAAAAAUUCUUCUUCAAUGCUGCCUCCGAGGAACGAGAACAUGGAAUGAAGUUGAUUGACUACGCCCUUAUGCGCGGUCAAAAGCCCAUCGACCGGAACACCUUCACAUUGCACUAUGGAAACCAAAUUCAACGUCCGACUCCGGAACAAGGAUCGGUGGCUCUGACUGCUUUGAGAGCAGCACUCGCUAAGGAGCAGGAAGUGACUAAGAGCAUUCGCGAACUUAUCAAAAUCUGUGAGGAAGAUCAUAAUGAUUAUCACCUGGUGGAUUACUUGGCAGGUGUAUUUCUUGAAGAGCAACACCAAGGACAACGUGAUCUUGCAGGAAAAAUUAGUAUGUUGAAAAAAGUACUCCAGACUAACCCUAAAUUGGGUGAAUUUAUCUUCGAUAAGCAAAAUAUGUAAAAAGCAAUAUGAGUAAAUAACCAUCUCCAGUUCGCUUUGGAUGGAAAACACAAAAAUAUUUCCCAUUUUUUACAAAUUUAAUUAUGAAUGAAACACAUUGGUCCUAAUACUAUGCUCUGUAUAUUGAUGUGAAAUCAAUGGAAAGCAAAAUCAGGACAACAAAAUGUAGUCAAACGGUUAAAUACACGGCAUCAUAACCCGGUCAAAUAAAUUUUAAUUAUUUUAC